AUGGCCACAACCCAGGGUGCCAGCGGCGUCAACAUUAGCAAGCGCAGAAAGUUCGUCGCCGACGGUGUCUUCUAUGCCGAGUUGAACGAGUUUUUCCAGCGCGAAUUGGCUGAGGAGGGUUACUCCGGCGUUGAGGUCCGCGUUACGCCUACCGUCACCGAUAUUAUCAUCCGCGCUACACACACACAAGAGGUUCUCGGUGAGCAGGGCAGGAGGAUUCGCGAGUUGACCAGCUUGAUCACCCACCGUUUCCGCUUCCCUCCGGACUCCGUCUCCCUCUACGCCGCCAAGGUCCAGUCGCGUGGUCUCUCCGCCGUUGCUCAAUGCGAGUCUCUCCGCUACAAGCUCCUCAACGGUCUUGCUGUCCGCCGUGCUUGCUAUGGUGUCCUCCGCUUCAUCAUGGAGUCUGGCGCCAAGGGCUGUGAAGUCGUCGUCUCCGGCAAGCUGCGCGCCGCUCGUGCCAAGUCCAUGAAGUUCACCGAUGGCUUCAUGAUCCACUCCGGUCAGCCCGCUAAGGACUUCAUCGACCACGCCACCCGCCACGUCCUACUCCGCCAAGGUGUGCUUGGUAUCAAGGUCAAGAUCAUGCGCGCUUCUUCCUCUCCCGGUGACCCUGCUGGUGAGAAGUCCGGCGGCCAAGGUCUGCCAGACUCCGUCACCGUCAUCGAGCCUAAGGAGGAGCAGCCCGUGUCUGCGCCAAACUCCCAAGACUACGGCGCCAAGGCCGCUCAGCAGCAGGCGUACCAGCAGCAGCAGCAGGAGCAGGCGCAGGCGCAGGAGCAAGGUGGUGAGGAGCAGGGUGAGCAGCCCGCCGCUCAGGAGUACUAG